AUGAGGUGGCAGCGCGACGCUCGGCGUGACGGGCUCUGGCGGAUGGUCCCAUGGGUGUCGUCGGUGUUGGCCCUGGCUCUGGGGUGCUGGGGACCGGCCGCCGCCGCCGCCCCCGCCCCACACGACCAGCAUGCGCCCUCGGCCUCCUCCAGCCAAGUGCCUCUGGACUGGCUGCUCACUGACCGCGGACCCUUCCACCGAGCCCCCCAGUAUGCCGACUUCAUGGAGCGCCACCGCCAGGGCUUCACCACCAGGUACAGGAUCUACAGAGAAUUUGCUCGCUGGAAGGUGAACAACCUGGCACUGGAACGCAGAGACUUCUUCGGCUUGCCUUUGCCUCUGGCUCCAGAAUUCAUCCGCAACAUUCGCCUUCUGGGACGCCGGCCCAGCCUCCAGCAGAUCACGGAGAACCUGAUUAAAAAAUACGGGACCCACUUCCUGCUCUCAGCCACUCUGGGAGGGGAAGAGUCCCUGACCAUUUCUGUGGACAAGCGCAAGCUCAGCCGGAAAGCAGAAGCUGGCGGUCCGUCUGGAAGCGGUGGGAGCAACGCCACGGUCUCCUUGGAAACCCUGCACCAGCUGGCUGCCUCCUACUUCAUCGACCGCGAAAGCACGCUGCGGCGUCUCCACCACAUCCAAAUCGCGACCGCAGCCAUCAAGGUCACUGAAACCAGGACGGGGCCGCUCGGCUGCAGCAACUAUGACAACCUGGAUUCCGUGAGCUCAGUGCUGGUCCAGAGCCCUGAGAACAAAGUGCAGCUGCUUGGCCUGCAGGCCCUCCUGCCCGAGUACCUGCGGCAACGCUUCGUGGCCGCCGCCCUGAGCUACAUCACCUGCAAUUCCGAGGGGGAGCUGGUCUGCCGGCAACAUGACUGCUGGUGCCGCUGUGGGUUCAGCUUCCCGCAGUGCAACUGCCCUGAGGCUGACAUCCAGGCGAUGGAGGACGCCCUUCUCCGUAUCCAGGAGGUCUGGGAGAAUCACAACCAACAGUUUCAGGACUCAGAGGAACUCCAGUCCUUCGUGAAGAAGCUUCCAACAGACCGCUUCUUGAACUCAACGGCACUCUCCCAGUUUUGGGCCAUGGAUCUGGAUAUUCAGCACCGCUAUCAGAAACUGGGCACCACGCUGAAGAUGCUGUCCAAGAAGACCCACCGGAUUGUCCGGCGCCUUUUCAACCUGGCCAAGCGCUGCCGCAGGCAACCUCGCUUCAGGCUUCUGAAAGAGAGGCCGCUGACCCACUGGUGGAGCCGCGCUCAGUCUCUCCUCUACUGCAGCGAGACCCCCGUGCCCGGGACCUUUGUGGAGGAAAGCCUGGGCUGCACCUGCCCGCCGGACCAGCCCUCCUGCCAGGGGACCCUCCCCUGCACCGUGGGCGAUGGGCCGGGAUGCGCUUCCUGCGCGGAGGACAACGCCACCCAGUGCGGCUCCUGCAACGUGGGCUACGUGCUGUCCCUGGGCCUGUGCCGGCCCGAGGUGGCGGAGCCCCUGGAGCACUACCUGGGGCUGGAGACGGACCUGCAGGACCUGGAGCUCAAGUACCUCCUGCAGAAGCGGGACAGCCGCGUUGAGGUGCACUCCAUCUUCAUCAGCAACGACAUGCGCCUGGGCACCUGGUUUGACCCUUCCUGGAGGAAGCGGAUGCUGGUGACGCUGAAGAGCAACAAGUACAAGCCGAGCCUGGUGCACCUGAUGCUGGCCCUCUCCCUCCAGAUCUGCCUCACCCGGAACAGCACCCUGGAGCCAGUCAUGGCCGUUUACGUCAACCCGUUCGGGGGCAGCCACUCGGAGAGCUGGUUCAUGCCCACCAACGAGAGCGGCUUUCCCGACUGGGAGCGGACGACUGUUGAUGGCUCCGGCCACUGCCAGAACUGGACCCUCAUGCUAGGCAACAAGUGGAAGACCUUCUUCGAGACGGUCCAUGUCUACCUGCGGAGCCGCAUCCGGUCCCUCAACGACAGCGCCAACGAAACCAUCUUCUACGAGCCCUUGGAGACGGAUCCUUCCAAGAACCUGGGCUACAUGCGGAUCAACAGCUUGCAGGUCUUCGGCUACAGCCUGCCGUUCGAGUCGGAUGCCAUCCGGGACCUCGUCCUUCAGCUGGACUAUCCGUACACCCAGGGCUCGCAGGACUCCGCCAUUCUGCAGCUGAUCGAGAUCCGGGACCGAGUGAACCGCCUCUCCCCGCCCGGGAAGACUCGCCUGGACCUCUUCUCAUGCUUGCUGCGGCACAGGCUCAAGCUGGCCAACAGCGAGGUAAGUCGAAUCCAGUCCACCCUGCAGGCCUUCAACGCCAAGCUGCCAAACCCAGUGGAGUACGAGACGGGGAAGCUGUGCAGCUAG